AAAAAAUUUAUUUUGUAACUUUAUAAAUAAUAAAUCAGUCUGUAAACUGGCAAGAUGCAACUGGCAACAUUUAUAAAUUGUAUUGGCAAAUGGCGGCUAUGUCCCCGUCUGAGAGAAGAUUACAAAAGGAACUCAUGUCCCUGAUGAAAGAACCUCCACCAGGAGUAACGGUAGACGGUGAUCAGGCCAGCCAAAAUCUUACGCUGUGGACAAUUCACAUGGAAGGUGUUCCUGGUACAUUAUAUGAAGGUGAAAAAUUUGAAUUGCAGUUCAAAUUUACAAAUAAAUAUCCUUUUGAUUCCCCUGAGGUAACGUUUAUAGGAAAUAACAUCCCGGUUCACCCUCACGUAUAUUCCAACGGACACAUCUGCCUAUCUAUACUCACGGACGAUUGGUCGCCCGCACUUUCCGUUCAAUCCGUCUGUUUGUCCAUCGUCUCUAUGCUUAGUAGCUGUAAAGAAAAGAAACGACCGCCGGAUAAUUCGUUUUACGUGAAAACCUGCAAUAAAAAUCCUAAGAAAACAAAAUGGUGGUAUCAUGAUGACUCAGUGUAACACCGUUUGGUUGCUAUAUCGAGCAUGGACGAUAAAACGUGAACUUGUGAUAAGUGUUAUCGAUAAAGUUAACAUAUAAUGUUAUGUAUAUACGGACAGACGGUGCGAUUUUAUAGGCGGCUGUGCUAAAUUAUUUUAUCUGUUUUGCCGCCAUGUGAACUGUCAAUGUCAGUGAUGUGACGUUAUCUGUGGUUCGUUGCUUGAAAUUAUUUUGUGUAGUUAUUUUGCGACUGGAUAUGCUUUAUAGAAUUAUUCGCGUGGAUGGGUGAAACUGAAAAUCAUUAUUGUUCAAAAAUUAUGUGAAACUGUUUUAAAAUGUUGCCAUGUUAUAGAUAUCGACAACCAUCUAUCGAAAAUUAUGGAGUUUUCCCCUUAUUAAAAGCUAAACAAAACCUAAAAAGAUGUAAAACUUGAAAUACACAAAUGUAUUUAGUGUAAUAUUAGUAAUAGCAUUAAAUACCGAUUCCAUAGAUAAAGUUUAUUUUUAGCCGAAACACCGAAGAUAUAUACGUGAAUUUUUUUUUAUUAAUUGAAAACUUCAUAAUUAACUGUAAUAAAUUAUAAGAUACAGGCCGAACUUGAUCUUUUGGUGUCGCCCAUCCUUAUGAGAAAAUUAAAUAAAAUGUAUAAGUGAAGCAGUCAUAAUGUAUUAUAGGUUAAAGUUCAAUAAAUUAUUCAAUCAUU